AAUGACGCUUUCACAAUGCUUUUAAUUUUGCUGUGCAUUCAAGCCGUCGUCCAAGUUCCAGUACUGUCUGAAGUGAUGCUGGAGCCACCACAGAACAUCCAUUUUGAUGAGCAGCUCCUGAUAUGGACUCCUGCCACCGAGGAGAGAAAUGUCACCUACACCGCUGAGUACCGCAGGUUUGGCACCAGUGAGUGGAAAGAUAUACAAACCUGCACCCAGAAAUCUUUCAGUUCCUGUAUCAUCAAUUUCUCCAAACCUGAGCAUGUGCAUGAAUGUGUUAUGCUGCGUGUGCGAGCGGAGAGAGGUGGGCUGACCUCAAGACCCGUCAAAGCCUGUUCAAGACAUGGUAGUCUCUGUACCCCUGAAGUCAGUCUGACUGCACGGCCUGGCUCCCUGACUGUAUAUCUGAGCAGGAAUCACGGUUUGGCUGUGGAACAUGAGGACCAUGUAAAACAUAGGGUUUACUAUGGCAAAGAAGGAGAGUCACAGCAGAAGUAUAAAGAUGCUGCCUCCUCAGUGUCCAUCCACGAGCUGGAGGAGGGACAACGUUACUGUACAAAGGUGCAGUAUAUUCACUACAAUAAACCUGUUGGACCGGAAAGUUGUACCCAGUGUGAGGUCAUCCCCAAGACAAGACAUGAGCCAAAACAAACAGUGGUAAUAGUAGCUGUGUUGGUCAUCGUUGCCCUUGUCAUUCUGAUGUAUGCGAUAGCGUAUAUCCUCAUCGUCCAAUGUGGAAGAAUCAAACAGUGGCUGCAACCACCAUGCGAGAUCCCAGACCACUUUCUCCUUGAGCCAUUUCCUGAGCAUCAGGUUUGCAGCUCCUCAGGCAGCCCCAGUGAAGGGCACUUGGAUGUCAUUUCCUCUAUUUCCUGAAAGCAGCUGCCCUUCCUCUGUUCCUGCGCUACUACCACCUCCUUGUUUCCUGCUUAUUUGUGGGGAUCAUGCUGUAGGUUUGACCCAUUUGAGACUCUCUCUGCAAGCUACUGUCCUGAACUCCCCACAUUUAUAUCUGGUCUGCUUCUCCCUGAAGCCAGACUUUCUGCUGAGAUGGAUUUAGACUCAGGACAAGCAAACACUUGAUUUAAAGUUGUAACUCAGAUGCUGGGAGGUGAAAACUUAAUUUGAUGUACAUUUAGCUUGCAUUCAGGAGAGCAAAAGGGAGCAAUGAAAAGACGGAACCACUUGCCAGACUGCUCAAGUUAAUAACCUCAAAAAUAUGUUAUUAUCUUGACAUUCAUUUGGUUUAAUAUGGCUGCAAAAUACUAGAAAAUAUCCUUCAUAGGAGAUGUAAAAUAAAAAUACUGAGGUCCAAAUUUAAGAGGUUUGCACAGGGAAGUGUGUGUGCCAGUUGAGAAAAUAACUAGAUAAGGAACACAGUUGGUAGCAGUUUUGUACCUUUUUUAUGAGGAUACAUGUGUAAAAUACACUUUGCGCUGUCUACCUACAGAGAGCCACAGUCGACAUAAAUCAGCUUUCCAGAAUCAGUUUAAAACCAAAUGCAGACAGCAGUCGCAAAGGAUCAUUGUGGCCUCACCAUACGUCUACUUGACACUAGUUUUAGGGAAGAUCACCAAAGGUCCUUCUUUUAUGCUGUACUGAAUUGAUAUUUCUUCAAAAAAAAAAAAAUGCCUGUACACUAUUUCAUAUUUUAUAUUGUUCAUUUGCUUAUUAUAAUUCAUAUCACUUCCAUUUCUAAGCACUUUUUAAUAAAAAUCACGGCAUUUUUGCUUUUGUAGGUAGCAAUUAACCAGAACAGCCGCUUAUAACAUUACAGCAUUAUCUAAUUUUGAUUUGGUUUUAUUCUAAUAUAAAACCACCUACACACUUGUCCAUAUAUUCAUCAAAAAAGCUUAACUAACACAUAGAUACAGUCCAACAUAAAACAUCAUUAGAGCAGAGUGAAUUUUUUUUUUUUUU